AAAAGUGAUAAACCACACAUAACACACAUAACAAACAAACAUUAAUUGGUUCUGUUAGGUAGAACAGAACUCAGAUAUUUUUUUAAACGUUGAAUAAUUGCGAAACACCAUAACUGGGAGACGUGAACAUGCAAGUGAAACGGGAAAGGAUGCGAACAUCCCAGUCGCGACCAAUCUAUUGAGGCGUACUUCCGUCCAUUAUAUGUUACGCUAUUGACCUGCAGGUGCUGAGGAACAGCGACUUUGGCAUCAGUACCGGCUAAUUAUAAAAACAAGAGACAUUGCAAUAAAUACUGUUUUUCCUCGGAAGAUGGUAGCAAAACAGAGGAUCCGAAUGGCAAACGAAAAGCACAGCAAGAAUAUCACACAGAGGGGAAACGUGGCAAAGACUCUGCGACCGCAGGAGGAGAAGUAUCCUGUCGGGCCCUGGCUUCUGGCUCUCUUUGUGUUUGUUGUUUGUGGAUCAGCCAUCUUUCAGAUCAUCCAGAGCAUCCGGAUGGGCAUGUGAACCUUCGACCCCGAGCACAGCGUCUCUCUGUCUCUCUCUCUCUCUCUGUGACCUCUGACCCUUCCCAGACUUGGGGGGGAAUAUUCAGUAUGAUCCAGGGGAAAAGCCGGACGUCGCGGCGGUUUUCGGUCGCGGCCUGCGAAGGGAUCCCCCCUCCCGUAGACAACGUCGACGUUCGCACAUUGACUAAGUCCUGGGCUGAAGGGACGCAGUGCUUUUCUAUUGACUCUGCUGUCAAACCCCACACUAGCGGGCUCCUGCCCUUGCUAAUCGACUUACCGUUUUGAUGGUUAAAAGUGUCCAUUUCCUGCCGCCAAGUAAGCAGUCAACGAAUGUGUGCCAUACUGUGUUUCUAUAUUUAUGUGUUUCGAGUGAACUUUCUUUUUUUUCAAAUAAAUGGUAAAUUAUGUGUGUUGGGGGAAUGUAUUCAAGAUAAGCAUACUGAAAGCUGUUUUAUAAACUCAAGUGGUGCUGUACUGAACAUCCAUUUGCAGAGUACUAUUAGUAUGGUUGUUGACAGGGUGAUGUGUUCAUUUUAUCUUGAAUGCACCAUGGUUUUUAGUGUUUCACUGAGUCCUUGAUCGGCUGAAUUUGCCGCACACACCUUGUUUCCAACGCCUAAGCUGGCUAUUGAUUGAAAGGACACUAUCCUACAGACAGCACCUGCAAUUAAGCUGCAGGCCUGACAAAAGAUAAAUGAACAUGACAAGAAAAUUGUUUUCAUUGACAUGAGAAAAGAAAAGAUUGAAUAGAUAGUAGUAAUGGUGUUUUUUCUGUGAAAACUUGAUAUGAACUAUCAAGCUUUCAACCUUGACCAUGAGUAUACAUUCUGCACUCUCGAAUGUCCACAUUUUAUGAUUAAUUGUGGUAUGGGAGGGAACAUUUUCCCAUCUUUUCUGAAGAAAUAUGGAAAGAUAUGUUACUCCUCAUUUAAAGUCAAUCAUUCUUCAUAUCAUUGACCAUACAUGAAUUACAAAUGCCCUUAUUGUUCUGUAGAGAUUUUUCAAUUCAUUAAUCUGAAUGAUAAAGUAAUUCACUCCAA